AUGUUGCUCUCUUGUCUGUUGGUUGCAAUGGCUAGGCUUGCCAAAGCAAAGCAACAAAUCCUGUCCAUCGUAGCCCGCACGAUGUACAGCUGUGGAUUGUAUUACUGUCCCUAUUCUAUUGAGCUUGAAUGGCAAAGAAGGGUUAUCUCUGCCCUUAAGGGUAUCGUAGUUGCCACUCCUGUUUCGGGAUAUGGGUAUCGUUUGAGAGAUGAAGCCCUGAAAUUCACGACUUCUUCUGCGGCGGUACUAUUAGUUGCGGUUGCCAUUGCUCUUGCUCUGAGCGUGAGGCCAGAUCUCGCCUGGCAUAGUAUCCAGCAUCUCAUACUGGCUACAGCAAUUCCCGUUAGUGAGGAAGAGGACGGUUGGCAGAUGACAAGAUUUAAGAAACGGUUCACCACAAAUAUAGUUACGGCAUGGUUGACUCGAAUGGGAUAUGCAUCUGGCAGUGCAAACCAGUGGCUAAAAGAUACUAUUGUCAGCGAUUUCUCUGAGAUAUUUUCGAACUGGCAACUUGGCCGUUGGGAUGAGGAUGCCAACCAAGUCAGUGAAAGAAAUGAUACUACGACGACCAUGGAAGCAACUGGAACUGCAGACACAAUACAGCUACCUCGGGGCCUUUCAGUUUCAAAAAAAGAAAAAAAUAGGCCUAUAUCUCUUUGUCGGUUUCAGUCGUGGUCUGUGGCGCGGUUGGAAUCUACUAUGUAUACCCCAGCUUGCAAGCGGCUUGGUCAUGGAGACUACUAUGCAUUAGCUCUAUCAUAUCGAGUGUUGGAACAAGUUGCCGUGAAAUAG